UAGAUUCGAAGCGUGUCACUGUGCAGCGUGUAUAUAUAUAUCUACGGAUCCUUCAGCCACAGCCCGGCAAAAGCAUUCUGCUUUCAGCUCAAACAACGAAGAUCCUGGGACAGGGGAGGACUCUCCGUCUCUCUCUCUCUCAAUCUCUUUUACUUUCUUUCUAAUUCUCAAAAACUCCUUCUAUUUUGGGGGGUUAAACGCAUGUUUAGCUGUAAUGCCAUAGUUCUUUGAUUGUUUUGCAACGUACAAUAAAGUGGGUUCGGCCAGAUAUAGGGUGGGGAUUGAGCGAGCGAGCCAUGAGGAAGCUGCUGGCUUUGUCGUCGGUUGUGUUCCUUGUUGGGUUUGCUUGCCAAUGUGCAGAUGCGUUUCAGUAUUUCAAUCUCUCGGAUCCGGCCGCCGGGCUCCCCUUCGAGUAUUUCUACGGCGUCUCUGCUGCCGCCGCCGGUAGUCCUCUAAUGGUCGGCCUCACCCUCGUUAGCGGAGCCGGCGCCAAAGGAGCUGUAUGCCUUGAUGGAACAUUGCCCGGUUAUCAUUUGCACCGCGGAUAUGGUUCGGGAGCAAACAGUUGGCUCAUUCAAUUGGAGGGAGGAGGAUGGUGUAACAGCAUAAGAACUUGCGUGUACCGCAAAAAGACUAGGCAUGGAUCAUCGAAUUACAUGGAAAAGCAGAUACCCUUUACGGGAAUACUUAGCAACCGGGCUGAGGAAAAUCCAGAUUUUUUCAAUUGGAAUAGAGUAAAGGUCCGUUACUGCGAUGGUGCCUCUUUUGCAGGGGAUAGUGAAGAUAAGGCUGCACAACUGCAAUUUAGAGGAGAACGUAUAUGGUCAGCUGCCAUGGAAGAUUUAAUGUCGAAGGGGAUGCGCUACGCCAACCAGGCUCUUCUGUCAGGGUGCUCUGCCGGGGGUUUGGCUUCUAUACUUCAUUGCGAUCAGUUCAGAAACUUAUUUCCCAGAAGUACUAAAGUGAAGUGCCUGAGUGAUGCCGGAUUGUUCUUGGACGCGAUGGACGUAUCUGGUGGGCGCACACUUAGAAGUCUUUUUGGCAGCGUGGUUCGCCUUCAGGGUGCGGCAAAGAAUCUGCCAAGUUCUUGUACCAACCAUCUCAACCCGACUUUGUGCUUCUUCCCCGAGAACAUCAUUGCCAGUAUUAAGACACCUCUGUUUAUUCUGAAUACCGCGUAUGAUUCAUGGCAGCUCCAGGCCAGUUUAGCUCCUCCAUCAGCCGAUCCCAGUGGCUUCUGGCACGAAUGCAAAUUGAAUCACGCGCAAUGCUCGACAUCACAGAUCCUGUUUCUGCAAGGAUUCAGGAAUCAUAUGCUGAACUCAGUGAAAAGAUUCUCCGCGUCCAGACAGAACGGGUUGUUCAUAAAUUCGUGUUUCGCUCACUGCCAGACCGAGAGACAGGAUACAUGGUUCGCCGAUGAUUCUCCUACCAUUCGCAAUAAGGGGAUUGCGCUGGCGGUUGGAGACUGGUACUUUGAUCGGGCAGGAUGCAAGGCAAUCGACUGUCCAUACCCUUGUGACAAAACUUGCCACAAUCUUGUCUUCAAAUAAGGCAGCAAACCUCAUCCUGGUUCCAUAUAGUUUUCGAAUUGGCCUCCAUUUUAGUCAAUGUUGCCCUCUUGCUAAGUAGUUUUAGCAGCAGCAGCAGCAGCACUAGGAAGGAUAAUUACAGUAUUCUUAAGAUCUUAAUUGAAGCAAUUAGAUGACAAUAAAAAUAAAUUAGCAGCAAGUUGAUGAUUUAAGUGUAAAUGAUCUUGAAGAACACUUGUUUUCAGCUCCAAAUUUGUUUGUUCUGAUUAGCAGCACCCUCCCUGCUACUUGAGUCAUGUCUUUGAUUAUACUCGUGAAGUUGAUUCUGCAUAUCAUAUCAAGAAUGUUUGGUGAGAAUUAAUGUUUACUUCAAGCUUGAAUGGUUUUGUAUCUUAAUGGUAGAUGGUAGUUUUAAAGGGUGUUCAAA